AUGGGUCCCCACAGGACUGGCCAGCCCAUGGAGGACUCCUCAGCAGUGACCCAGUGUCCGGAGCCCCCUGGAGGCCUCUGUCCAUCCUGGGCUGUCCUCGGCCUUCUCUAUUUCCUGGUCAUGCUCAUCGCAUACCUCUUGGAUGUGGCCAGCCACGGCCUGCUGACCCAGGAGUCUGACCCUCACCUGCCGCCCUCCCUGGUCGCCACCUGGUUCGGCCACCAGGCUGCCGCUGAUGUCACCUUCACUGUCAUCCUGCCGCUGACCGUCGCCUGGACCGGCUCAGCCUGGCCCCUUGGGGUCACCUUCUACCGCUUGGACCCCGACCUGGCCAUCCUGACCUUCUAUGCCAGCGGGCGCCUGCUGACCCGCACUGCGGCCGGAGCCUUCACCACUGUGCAGUGGCCGUCGUGGGGGGUGACCCUCCGGGCCCCGCGCACAGCGGUGUCCGGGGCUGGCACCGCCUGGCUUCUCCUGCUGAUCACGUGUGGACCGUCCCUGCGGACCUGGAGUUACCUUGUAAGCACGGCUGAGUCCUCCAACGGGACACCUGGCUGGGAUUUCCCAGGCCCAGCCCUGAACCAGCUGGUGUUUGGUUUUGGGGUGCCACUGGGGGUGCUGAGUGUGGUCCGCUGGCUAGUGGGCAUGCACCUGCAGCUGGCCCGGCUGACGGGGAGGCCCCCUCUGGUAGGGUCUCCAUGCGCCCUGGGUGCCCUGCUGUUUCUCUGCUGCUUCCCCUUCCACCUGCUGCUUCUGCUGCAGCUGAUGGGCACGCGGGAGGCCGCACUGAGCACAGAGGACGUCUGGGUGCUGCUCAGACCCCUGGGGUUUACGCUAGCAGGGUCCAGUGCCUUUCUCAACCCUCUGUUUUAUGUGUGCAGGGGCUGGGCCUUAAGGCAAGAGCUGGGCCAGGCACUGCUGUGUUGCCACCAGGAAGUGGGGGCCGGGGACUCCUGUGAGCCAGCUUGA